UCACAUCGCUGCCGUCAGUUGCGCUUUCAAGUUUGUUUUAGACAUUCUGGUGCACAUACAUGCCACACAUGUGCAUGCACGCGUAAAUAUACCCAUUUUGGGCUUCAGGGCCUUUGCACAUGCACACUGGGAUACGGGAAUCUACGCACACACACUAUCAGAGACGGAGUGAGCGAUUGUGACCACGCAGUGCAGAGGAGUGCGAGGUGACGGUGUCUGUCCAAGGCAGAGACAUCCAGUGUCCAUGCGUCCAGCAAUCAUGAUGCCGUCCAUGGCCGUGCAUCUGAGCCUCGUCAUGCUGGCUCUCAGGGCGGCGAUCGGGCAGGAGCUGCCAUCAGGUCCUCACGGCUGCACGGAGGGAAGCUGUUACCCCGCGACUGGAAACCUUCUGAUCGGACGAGCUGUCAACCUAUCCGCCACGUCUACUUGUGGCCUGAAUGGCCCGGAGCGAUACUGCAUCGUCAGCCACCUGCAGGGGUCGGACAAGUGCUUCGAGUGUAACUCCCAGCAUCGCUACAACCCCCCACACCACAGAAACAGCCAUCGCAUCGAAAACGUGAUCUACCUCAUGGACACACAUGGAGACACCUGGUGGCAGUCUGUCAACGGACAGGAGAGCGUCAGCAUCCGACUGAACCUGGAGGCUGAAUUCCACUUCACUCAUCUCAUCAUGAAGUUCAAGACGUUCCGACCUGCAGCCAUGAUCAUCGAGCGCUCGGCUGAUUUUGGUCGCACGUGGCGCCCGUACCGCUACUUUGCCUCGAACUGCACCAAGACCUUUCCUGGCAUCUCCGCCAACGGACUGCACCACAUCAACGACAUAAUCUGCGAGGAGCGCUACUCCGACAUCGAACCCUCCACUAAGGGAGAGGUCAUUUAUAAGGUUUUGGACCCUGCCAUUCAUGUGAAAGACCCCUACAGCUUGGACAUUCAAGAACUUUUGCGCAUCACUAACCUGCGGAUCAACUUCACCAAGCUGAACACCCUGGGAGACGACCUGCUGGACCGACGCUUCGACGUCCUGCAGAAAUACUACUACGCCAUCUACGAGCUGGUGGUGCGAGGGAGCUGCUUCUGCUACGGACACGCCUCGGAGUGCGCCCCGGUGCCGGGGGUGGACAUCCGGGAGAACGGCAUGAUUCACGGUCGCUGUGUGUGCAAACAUAAUACAGAGGGCCUGAACUGUGAGCGCUGCCAGCGUUUCCACCACGACCUGCCGUGGAGCCCAGCGGAGGUGGAGAAUCCGCACACCUGCAGAGAGUGUAACUGUAACGGCCACUCGUCCCAGUGCCACUUCGACAUGGCGGUGUAUUUGGCCACGGGCAACGUCAGCGGAGGGGUGUGUGACGACUGUCAGCACAACACCAUGGGACGCAACUGUGAGACUUGCAAACCCUUCUACUACCAAGAACAGAUCAGGGACAUCCGAGACCCACGAGUCUGUGUUGCCUGUGACUGUGACCCCGUCGGAUCCCUGGAAGGAGGAGUGUGUGACAGUCACACCGACCUGGACAUGGGGAUGAUCGCUGGCCAGUGUCGCUGCAAAGCCCACGUCAAAGGAGAGCGCUGCGACGACUGCAAGGAGGGUUAUUACGGACUGAGCCAGAACGACCCGCUGGGCUGUCAGCCCUGCAACUGUAACCCUCGCGGCAUCAUCAUGAUGGGGGCUCCAUGCGACCAGAUCAGUGGAGACUGCUCCUGCAAAAGAUAUGUCACCGGUCGCUACUGCAACCAGUGUCUGCCUGAAUACUGGGGGCUGAGUAAUGACCUGGCUGGCUGCAGACCAUGUGACUGCGACUUCGGUGGAGCCGUCAACAACAGGUGCAUAAUGGAGAACGGCCAGUGUGACUGCAGAAGGCAUCUGAUUGGCCGACAGUGCUCAGAGGUCCAGCCUGGGUAUUUCUGCGCACCGCUGGACUAUUACAAAUACGAGGCGGAAGACGCCACCGGACACUCCCCUGGUGACCCCGCUCUGCCGGGUAAAGUGCGUCCUCAGGCGGAGACUGACUGUGUUCAGCACCUGAGCAACCAGCUGAGGAGGCACCGCCGUCACCAUCGCAUCUCUAACUCGCAGCAGCAUCGGGCAGCACUGAGACGGAUCCGCCAGCUUCAACAGACGCCGGAUGUGAGGAGCGUUCACAGAGAGCACAUCCCCAGCCACAUGGUGACGUGGACCGGACCUGGAUUCGCCCGCGUCAAAGACGGUGCCGGCCUGGUGCUGACCAUCGACAACAUCCCCUACGCCAUGGAGUACGACAUCAUGAUCCGCUACGAGCCGGAGUCCACAGAGGACUGGGAGGCCAUAGUGAGCAUUACAUCUGUACAGCUGCCGUCCAGUCUCCGGUGUGGGAACCUUCUACCGACUGAACAGCUCUACACAGUGACUCUGCCUCACCAAAACAGAUACAUCCAGAUGCCCGGGCCGUUCUGUUUCGAGCCCAGUAAUCGCUACGUGGUUGCGAUCCGGUUCCAGCGCCACGGCGUCUCACACAGACACCUCACCGCCUUCAUCCUCAUCGACUCGCUGGUUCUGAUCCCCAAAUACACCGAGCUCCCCGGUCUCCAAGGUCCUGAUCCGGAGGCGGAGCAGCGGCGGGAGGAGAUGAUUCGAUACAUGUGUCUGGAUUCCUUCAUGAUCACACCGAUGCCCGUCCUGGCGGAGAUGUGCUCCAAACUCAUCUGCAGUAUUUCCUCCAUCAUUCACGACGGCGCUCUGCCCUGUCAGUGUGACCCUCAGGGCUCCAUCAGCGGCGAGUGUGAUAAGGUGGGAGGUCAGUGUCGCUGUAAGGCCAACGUGAUGGGUCGCCGCUGUGACCAGUGUGCCCCGGGAACCUACGGCUUCGGAGUGAAGGGAUGCACUGCCUGUGACUGCCACUCCGAGGGCUCAUCGAGCCGCCAGUGUGACCCGGCUUCAGGCCAGUGCCAGUGCCGGCCGGGAGCCACUGGGCGCCAGUGCUCCGACUGCCAGCCAGGCCAGUGGGGCUUCCCCAGCUGCGGCCCCUGCCAGUGUAACGGCCACGCGGACAUCUGUGACCCCCGCACCGGGGAGUGCAGGGACUGCAGGGACUACACAGCGGGACACUUGUGUGAACGUUGUGUGGAUGGGUUCUUCGGGAACCCGGUGCUGGGUUCAGGCGAGCACUGUCGACCCUGCCCCUGUCCCGGUAACCCCGGCUCGGACCACUUCAACGCGGAUUCCUGUCAAGCUGACCACACCUCCAACCAGAUCAUCUGCAACUGCAGACAAGGCUACACUGGGCCUCGCUGUGACCAGUGUGCCCCUGGUCACUAUGGUAACCCAGAUCAACCUGGUGGGCAGUGCCUCCCGUGCAACUGCAACGGGAACAUCGACACCCAGGAUCCUGAGUCAUGUGACCGCAGGACCGGCCAAUGCCUCAAGUGCCAGUACCACACCGCUGGUCCGUCCUGUGACCAUUGUCAACACGGUUACUAUGGCAACGCUCUGAGCCACGACUGCAGACGCUGUACCUGUGUGACUGCCGGCACCGUCGGGUCCGCCUGCAGCGACGGACAGUGUCACUGUGACCGGCAGACCGGAGCCUGCACUUGCAGGGAAAACGUGUCUGGCCACAACUGCGACGAGUGUGCUGUGAACCACUGGAACUACGGCCAGGACCGAGGCUGUGAGCCCUGUGGCUGCGACCUUCAACACGCCGUGGGGAGUAGCUGCAACAUGUUCACAGGACACUGCCACUGUCAGACAGGCUUUGGAGGUAGACAGUGCACCGAGUGUGAGCAGUUCCACUGGGGAGACCCGCGGGAGCAGUGUCAUGAGUGUAACUGCCACCCACUGGGCUCGGAGAUGGCACAGUGCGACCGCUUAACGGGGGCGUGCGAGUGCAGGGAGGGCGCGGCGGGCCAACGCUGCGACGAAUGCGCUCGCGGCUUCACCGGCGACUUCCCCAGCUGUGUCCAGUGUCACCCGUGCUUCCAGCUUUGGGACGAUGCAGUGUGCCAGAUUAAACGGGACCUGGAACACAUCCAGUACACGGCGCAGAAGAUCCUGGAGAGCGGGGUCAUGCCGGAAAUCGGGGACACGCGGAUCAGAGAGCUGGAAAUGAAGCUGCUGGAAGUGCAGGACCUCAUCAGCUCUGAGGACAGCGACAGGAUCCACCAGCUGAUCGGACAGAGCAUCGAUGACCUCAGGGCUGAGAUCGCCCUGACCGACGGGCGUCUGAUGGGCGUCGCCCGAGAGAUCAAUUCAACCGCAGAAGAAGAAAGUGAACUGAGACGCACACUGAGCCACCUGGAGCGAGAGCUGAGGGACGUCAACGCAUCUGUGGCUCACAAACAGCGCGUGCUGGAUGACUACCUCGCCUCAGGGUUCGCAGAUCAGUUUGAGAAAGUGAAGCAGUACUACGAGGAGUCACUGACGGCAGAGGACAAAUGCAACGCUUCAGUGUCGGGUCCUCUUAGCCCCGUGGGACAGUCGAAAAGAAGCCGCGCCGUCACCGAGGACCUGCUGAACGCCACCAGAGACAACUUCCUGCGGGCUCUGGCUGCUCAGAACAAAUCGCUUAGCGAGCUGCAGCAGAAGGCCAUGGACCUGGAUAAGAAGGUCCAUCACCUCAGCCAUAAGGUGUGUGGGGGUCACAGCAAUGCCAGUGUCAACGGCAGUUGCCCACACAGCACGUGCGGUGGCGCCGGUUGCCGCGACCAUCUGGGCAAUCACGUGUGUGGGGGAGACAAAUGCAACGGGACUGUGAGCACCUCCGUCAGAGCACUGACUCUCGCCGGGGACGCCACCGACCGCGUGAACGCUGCCAACGAGGAGCUGCAGGGCGUGGCCAGAAAGCUCCAGGAUAUCGCCACUCUGGCGCAGGAUGUGAAGAACAAGGCGAUGAACACGCUGGAGAAAGCGCAGAAGAAGAAGGACCAAUUUGAGAACAACAACAAGAAGCUCAAGGAUUUCAUCAAGAAAAUCCGAGACUUCCUGACGGAGGAGGGAGCGGAUCCAGAGAGCAUAGAGAAGGUGGCUCUGCAGGUGUUGGCGAUCACCCUCCCGGCCAACAAGACCACUCUGGAUGAAAUGGUCAUGAAGAUAAAGGACAGCCUCUCCAACCUCACCGACGUCGAGGGGAUCGUCAACCAAACGGCGCAGCACAUCAGCAAAGCCAAGGAGCUGCUCGCCGAAGCUGAAGAAGCCAAGAGCCGAGCAGAAGGCGUGAAAGACGCAGCCAAUAGUACCAAGCAGGCGCUGGAUGAGUCCGAGAAGGCCAUCAAGAAAGCGACAGAUGUCCUGACGGAGGCCCAGGACAAUCUGAACAGCACCAGGAACGCCACGAUCGAGGUGGAUAAGAGGCUGACGCAGCUGGAGGAUAAGCAGAACGAUGUCAUGAUGCGUUUAAACAACCUGACCUCGGAGGUGGAAGCUCUCCGGAACAAGACGGAGCAGAACCGACAGAUGGCAAAGGAGGCCAAAGACCUGGCUAGCAACGCCACGCGAGUAGCGUACUCGCUGGAGCAGAGCCUGAACGACACGGAGGAACGGUACCGGGAGCUGCAGAUGAAGGUGGACUCUCUGGGUGGGGAGUCUGGGGGUUUAAACAGCAUCAACAGCAAGGUCAAGGACAUCAAGAAGGAGGCAGAAGACCUCUUAAGCAAAGCCAGCCAAGGGAUAGAACAACUCGGGAAAUUGGAGAAGAAGUUCAAGAGUAACGAGGAGCGGAUGGAGAAGCAGCGCAUGGAGCUGGACCAGCUGAAGGACAACGCCACUGUGGUGCGGGACGAGAUCCGGGCUCAAGUGCAGAAGUACAGCAACUGUGAUUGAGGAUCGGAAAGGUUCCCUGCUUCACCAUUUGCUGCCGUAGUCCAGAGAGGAGCCUCUUGACCGGGGCAGUGAAAACUACAUCACCCAUUAGAAGAAAAUGCUGCUCUAAUGCUCUAUCCGUCACAGAAAGGCCUUCCUCUGUCCAUGAACUGCACCACGUUUUGACUGUCAACACUGUCCCAUGUGACUUUGUCUACUUAAGCUAUUACAACAACAGAAUGAGAGUAUUUACAUAGUCCACCAUAACUGAUAUAAUGAAUAAUAAACUGAAGAAAUAUAUCAGAAUGUUAUAAUAAACGUGUUUAUUUUGACCAAAGGUGCUUUAAUGAUUGUGUGUUUUUGCUGUAACUUGAACACAUUUGUAUGGUAUUUUUAAUAUAACGUUCCUAUUGGGAGACAUUUGGGAAAGUUGAAAUGUGUGUUUUUUUAUUACAAAAGAAACUCCUUAUAAUUAUAAAUGCAUAUUAUUCUUAAAGCAAAAUAAUUAAUUCCAAGCUGCGCCGAUGGAGACAAAUAAAGGUGAUAACUUUUA